GCACUGAUAUCUGCAAUUGUUUGCUAUAAAAAGUACCUGAUAUCAUUACUAUAAGCAAGCAAUCAUGGUAGUUAUUCAAGAAGACAAGCUCCUGUCCAAAGGGCUGCUUAGCACAGACAAGAGAGAUUCUACCUCUCAUUUAACUCUGUCAGCCCGCCUCCCAGUUAUGUAGAUGUGGCUCAACCGAGCCUCCUAACCGCAGUGGAUUGUGUGGUUUCAUCACUCAGAUGAACAGAGCCAUUUGUCUAAAUAAGCACCGAGCUCUUUGCCACAAGUGAAGGCAGAUAGGGGUUUUCUUUCCCUCUUCCCCUACUCGUCCAUGUCCAGUGUGGCUUUAUUGAUUUGAAGGCACUCAUUACACACCAGGUUGUCUAUAAUAACAAGGAAUGCUUAGGAGGAAUGAACGCAUGAUGAAUGUGUCUUGAGAUCAUUCUCAUUAGGACAAAUGCAGAAAAGCUUACUCCCAUCAUUAGUGAAUGGGAUGCCUUUGAUUCAUAUACAAAUGUUGUUCACUCAGCUGUAGCUGUAAUCUCUCUUGUCUGCCCCGUCGCUUUUUUAAGGCCGCUCAUCUUAUAGCGCCCUCGCAUGGAGGAUGAGGAGGAUGAUGUGUUUGAGCCGGACCCCAAUUGCUGGCGCACCGUAUUCAAGGAGAUAAAGUGUGAAGACCGGGGCACGCAGACACCCGGCCCUGCCCUGGCACCCAACAACGGCAUGCUGCCCUGUGGAGUCGCACAGGAGCCCAGACCACUCUUCUACGGCAACGCAGGUUUUCGAUUGCACUUCCCGGCAAACUUUGAGCUUGUUGGGGAUCAGGAAGCGAGACGACAAGAGAGUGAAGGGGAGCAAAACGGGAUGGAGCAGCUACCGCAGCAGCAACAACCUGUGGCCCGCAGUGUGGAGGCAUGCAUUGGCCAGAAACUCCAGCUGAUAGGAGACCAGUUUCACCGGCAACACCUACAACUGUACCAUCGAAACCAAAGGAACCAGGGGCGGAUGUGGUGGCGCCUGGCCGCAGCUCUGCUCAGCCUUCUGUUUGACAGGGGCUUCAUUGCUGGAGGAGGUAGAGCAGGACGGAGGUGAGGGGGGGUCUCCCCCGUCUCUCUGAGGAACUGGACUCCUAAUGGCACUGUCAAAUCUAACACGGGUCUGUUUUGGGGGAGAAAAGAAAGGAGACAAAAGGGUCACCGCGGGACGGAGACAACCAACUUUUAUACAAGGUCGUGAGUUUUUUUCUUUCCAAGAAGAUUGCCAUGAUGCUCCCGAAGAUUCCUCGACAGGAAAAUGUUCAUAUUUUGGUAUACGUGUGGUGUAGUAGUUUUGUACAGUACAUUGUUCUUGUUCAAAUUUUUUGCACUUCAACAUGUAUCCAUCUUUAAUGACCUCCACAGACCCCGGGAAUGCCUUAUUCAAUGUCUUCUGCCGAAUGAGUAUUGAGCAAUUUUGCGAUGAGGCGAGAGGAGAUGGUUAGGAAAUGAAAGGACAUGUGGUGUGAGGUUUAAUUUUCCGAAGUUUCCCAGGUGACCAGACAUGUUGAUUUACUAUUUUCCAAAGAGGCAACUUCUCAGAACAAAGCAUUUUGCACCUCACCUCAAUGGAACAUUUAUCUUUUCUUAAUUUCUUGAUUUUACUUUCUGUUUUUGUUAUUUCCUGACUCCUCCAUCUUCUUUGGUAUGGUAUUACGUUUGAACACGAUCCCUCGGUGUCAUUCAAAAAUAUUGGGAACAAAGUUUCUGCACCUGAAAAAGUCUGCUCACCGUAACUUGUAAUCUAGAUAUCUUUUUUUUUUAAAUAUGCACAGAUGUUUUAAAGGCAAGCCUUUCUUCAGUCACGUGCUGCAUGUCAGAACAAUGUGAUGACUCAGGAAGUAUCCGGGUGGAGUUUGCAGUGCUGAACAUCAGUGACGGGUCAAACAUGCCUGGUGACUGCCAGCAAACGUAAAAACAGCUUACAAGCUGUUAUCGGGAUAAUUCAUACUGGUUACAAACUUCAAGAAAUAAAUUAAUUGGACUAAAUAAGUAUUAUUUUGAAUGACAGCAGAAAGUGCUUAGUCAACAGUGGACACUUGAAAUACAAAUCUUUUAGGCUAAACCCAAACAUAUGAAGAGAUCAUUUUUAUUGACUUAUUACUACUGUUACUGAUUAUUUCAAGUUACUGAUUAUGCAACUCCCUUAUUGUAUAUUAUAUUACUAUCAAUAUUAUUACUACAAUACAUUAUUAUUACAUUAUAAGUUAUGCCUAUAACUUCCUUAUUACUCUCCUGGGUGGCUGGAUGUUGUCUGGGAUGGAGCACGCUGAAGAAGGCCUGGGAAAGAAACUUGAAAGGAUCCAUGAAAAGAUAUUGAGAUUAACGUGAGGCGGUGCUGACUUUUGCAUGUGUUUUUAGAGGUCGAGCACCUGCGCACUAAAUUACAACAUUAAAGUAAAGUGCAUUGUUUGUUAUAUGGAGCAAAAUUUAAGUAUUCUUUACCUGAAUAGCAACUAAACAAUUUGUCCCAAGUCCACCGGGAUGAUUUUAUUCAGAAUUUCAGUGAGAAGACUCAUUCCUCCGUUGUUCCCACACUCAAGUUAUCGCUUUAGUUUUCCGUGUGUUCUUUUCAUGUGAUUGUUUUCAGACCUCCAUGCCCUUGAAGUGGAGCUGUGGAUCCACUGUUUUUGCACUAGCCGUACACCCUUCAAGAGCUCAGAUUGUUACCGCGCUAACCUCUGUCUUUGUAUGAAGGUUUUCACUUAUGGCUUGUUUUCUCGCCGCACCAUUUCAAGAUGUAUUCACUCUCAUGUCCAAGACAAGUAAUCAAUGUUGAGGCCUGACUAACUGCAGUCUGGCAUUUGGACUGGAUUCUAGAAUGUUUCAGGCUACACACUAGAGUCACAAUAGAGCCACACGCAAAAAGGUCGCUAUCCUGGUUUAUUGUUUCUUUUCACCGUGUGUUUUCUGAACACCAAACAAUACUGCAUAAUCAAUCUGUGAAACAGAUCGUCUCAGGCUACUUUUAUCGGGUUUUACAUCAUUUUGUAUUCUAUUGGGUGAUCUUUGGUGCUCAGAUCCAGAUUUGGGGACAUUUUUAGUACAUAUAACCACUCAGCUAACAAAAAAGACAAAAAAUGAGAAAGACUGUAAUUAUUGUUGAAAUAUGAAUAUGUUUAAAGACACUGUUGAGGAUGCUGUUUGUUAUAUUUCCCAUUGCUGAACCCAAGCCAACUUGUGGACCCAAGGAGCAGUACAUAUCAGGGGUCUGUAAUUACUUGCUCCUUACGACGUGUCAAGUUUAUCACUGCAUAAUUAGGGUUUCCUCUCAUUCUCUGAAAGAUUUCUCAGGGACAGACUUUGUGGGCUACUGGUAACCUUGAGAAUCUGUGACAUGGUUAGAAGAAGAAGCAGCGUUUUCACCCUUUUAUUUAUGGCGGUACCGGUCGAGGUAUUGUCAAGUCUAUUUCAUUUUCAUUUCAGAUAACAAAAAUAAAUCCUGCUGGACAAUUGUCUCAGCACAAACACAUAAAGGUACAGUUUGACUGAGGAGACCGAGGCCGGCUGUGGUGGUGACGGGGGCUACUGAGCAUGUAGUAGUAAGGCGUGUGAGGUGCACUGAAUGUGGUGGUGGUUGUAGUUUCCUGCGGAUCCUGAACGCUGAGCCAGUCCCUGUAGCGCCCCGUCUCACCAUUGGCUCUUGACUUCCUCUUUGUGCUACUCCUUUAUUACUUGGCUGUUAUUCAUCAUCGGUUCAUUUUUCUUUGUAAUUUAUUUUCUUUCCCUUCUUAUUUAUGUAUAUUUGCCCAUUUCUACUGUAUACACCCGUGUGUGCAAUUACUUCUUAUUUUUUCUUUUUUGUUUUGGACUUCAGUUGUGCCGGGCAGGUUGGCCUUCAUUUUACCUGACAUUGCUUUAUGUGACGCUCAACUCAAAUUCUACUUUCUUUAGUAUUGCUCAUCUCCUUUAGGCUCUAAGAUGUUUGUAGUUUGGCUUUUUGUGAAGAACAACGGCUAUGGUCAGUAAGAAUUCAUGUUGGUUCGAUGCUUUUCGAUGGUGGAAAUGUUUCCGCAGUGCAAGUUCCAUCAUUGUUUCUGCCGCAUGCACUGCUUCUGUCAGAGCUUCACAGCUGUGAGGAGGACAAUAUUGUGUCGAGGAAGCAGUAUAUUCAUCCCACAUGUCCAAAGUGUAACUGUCGCUACCAUUGGAAUACAUUGAAACCAACAUGAAUUCACCAUGAGCACAGCUGCUGCUCUUCACGAAGAAGAAAACUACAAACCUCACCUUUCAAGCCUAGGGGAUGGGCGUUGGAUUUUGGGCGGUGUAUUUCUCUUAUAAGGUUGUGAUAUUCCAGGGAAGGGCCCGAACCAAUUCAGACCUUUUUCAUUAUCUUCCACCACCCGAUUCCCCAGUCAUCAUGGGUACAUUCACAAAAUGUGGUUUAGAAAAGCAGCAGUUUCUAUGCAGUUUCAACAGGAUAUGACCUUUCCUUUGUAACUAAUGAGUCAUUACCCAUCCCACCCAUUGCUAAUGAUACACAUGACAUUAGAGAUGCUUCAAAACACACAUGAAAAGGUUGACUUCAUAUUAAGUCACUAGGCGUUUGUUUGUGUGUUCAAUUCUUAAAUCAUUGUGUUGUAAUCAACAUGCACUGGAAAGUACUUUGUUUCUGUAGAUCCCAUGGGUCCCUUAUCUGUUGUGUGUUAAUGUCUAUUCUAUACUCUGGAUUGUUCUAUUGGGCUAAUCUUGCCAUGUGUCAGAUGUAUACCUGUGCAUUCAACAAGUAGGCUCGGAUUGCCGGCCUGUUUGAUUUAUUUGAAAGGGAAACCAGCCACCGUGGUUCCCUGUAUCAUUUUGUUAGAAUGAGGUUCCCAAGCUGCACUCAUUGUUAAAUGUGAGUGUGGAGAAUCCCUAGAGUGGGACAUGUAUUUUAUGGAAACCGUCAGUGUCUUGAAUUUUGUAGUCCACUUUAUAUAAAUUUGAAGUUUUCGAGGAAGGUUUUUAUUUUUAUUUUUUUUUUUUUACCGAUAAUAUUUCUUCUUCGUGGUCUUUCUUAACUUUUUUAAAAUGUAUUUUCUUAAGAAAAAGGGUGUGCUUUUAUAAGGACAGUUCAUUGCUUGUAAAAACAAUUUUUAAUACGAGCAGGAUCCUUCUUGAAGUCCAUGAGAUCAAGGGCAUUUUUUAAAUAAAAAAAUGAACUUGCAACAUUCCUUGCACAACUCACCGUGGUGUAAAAAACAAAACCAAGCAAACCAAAAUAAUUCAUGGUUCUGGUUGCCUUGGCUCGUGAGCUGAGAGCUAUGGAAUAUUGGCCCAUCUUUAAAGAACAGAUAAACGUGUACAUGUAUUUCUAAAAACCCUGGAAUAUGCCUUUAACUGCUCAGUUUCAACGAAGUCUUGAUUAUCACACACUCUCUGUAAACCAAGAAAAUGAGACCCAGCGAAAAAUGUAGCAUUUUUGUAAACAUUGACUGUGUGUUUUCGAGACUCUACUGUGCACUCAUUUUUGUGUUUAUAUAUAUAUUUUUUUUUUUUUGGUUGUUGAUAUAAUAUGGAAGUAAAGACAAUUUGUUCUGUAGUGCAAUAUGCUGUACAUAUGGAGCUUUGCUCUACAAAUCUUUUUUCUGGAUUUCUUGUUGUUUAUUGGUACUUUUUUUCAAUAAAAUUUUAUUGAAGGUG